UUUGUAGGGUAUCGAAUUGCAGUAGCUCGGAUACAUCCAUUCAAGACUAUAUAAACAGCGUUAAAGUCCUGUUCAGAUUGCCAGAGUAAAAGUAAUACAUGUUCGACGUCUUCGGUCAUCAGAUUCCACUAACGUAGCAUUACUUAGUAUUUUUGUAAUCUGGUGUCAAGAUUGUCAAUAAUAUGACACCGACUGCUGGUACUAAAACGCUGCCCAUGUUUGUGACCUUACCGUUUUCCAUGUACAUAGCGAUCGCGGUUUUAUUUCGCGGCUACGCGGCUGACACUUCCACUAAUGAUCCUCGAUAUUACCUUGCCAAAGCCGUUAACGUGAGAUCCCUUAACGCGAAUCCACGAAGCGCUAUGGACGAGGGCCGACCGCAUUACGCUUCCGGAUCUGCAUCUCCUUUGGAAGGUUUGGCAGGAGCGUACUACCUACCCAAAACAUGGUUUAUCCCGUCCGUUAUCAGCGGCAGUGUUGACGCGUACGACAGCGAUGACGCAUCGAGAGAUCUAUCAACCGGCAACCGCAACAAAAAAGGAAGCGUCUACAGCUCAAAAGAACUGCCAAGACGGGACACUGGAGCAAAGGUGGCAGGAGCAAGCUACACGAAACCACCGCAAAAUUACAAUUUCUUUCGACUUAUCGGAUGAUGAGCUGGAGCAUCCAACGUCCAGCUUAAUGCACUUUACGAGCUUGUUCAAAGCAGUUCUAACUUUUCUUUCUUAGCUUUUUAUUGUACUCUUUUUUACCAUCAAAAGGUCGUGAAAACGAGCUCGUGCACAAUAAAGUUACAAUGAAGG